AUGUCCGUCCAAUCACCCACCAACGAGAGACUGGCCGAGGUCAUCCUCUCGGCCUUCUCAUCGCCAGAACCGGAGCAACGGGGCCGGAAGCGACGUCGAAGCCCAGGUCCGUUCCUGACCGUCACCACGCGCCAGAUCCCUUCGGGCGAAUCUGCCACUUUUCGAGGUCGCUCCAGACAUCGGUCCGUAUCGCGCAUCGAUGGCUCGAGAAACACGUCCCGCCUGAGGGGUUGGUCUCUUUCACCAACACGACGGAAGCUGCUGCGCAUCGUAAAGAUCAACCGGCACCGAAGCCAAAGCCCCUCAAGAUCCCGUUCUCCAAAUACCCAAGAACCAUCCAAGAGGAGGCGGCAGAGGACACGGAGCCGCAGCCGAGAGCACACUGAACACACCAAAGGAGGAGAGCAUCUGUCGCUUCUCCGACAUGAGAUUGUCAUCAGGAACGAAGCGAUCGAAGGCAAGCAAAACGGCUGA